AUGGAGAAGGUGUAUUUGAGUAGGAAUCCGACUGCAAAAUCAAUUAUUGAAGCUGUGAGCAUGGCGGAGGGAAGUCCUGAGUGCUAUGCUCACUUCACUUUCCGAACACUUGCGUUAAGAGAUCAAGGAUUCAUUUUGAAAAGACUGGAUUUGCACAAGCUUCAAUGUCAGUAUAGCUCAUAUUCCUGUGUAUAUAAAACAACACAAAACCAAAAUGCUAAAACCAAUAUUAGUCUUAAAUUAUUUGUAAAAUCAUCAUCAAAACAAGAAGGCCAACAGUUUGUUCCUCCGAAGACUGAGUAUAGUAGUGCCUGUAGCUCUCCUUUGCCUAGUUUUGUUGUAGCAGAGCUUCUUGUGGAUGAGUUGAGUUCUCAAAGCCAGGAAAUAAUUAGAAAAUACGUUAAGAUGUCUGCAAAUGGAAACAAAUAUGCGGUCCUCGCAAGUACUUUGGGAUGUUUAACAUGGGAGAAGCCAACAUAUGCUGAUUAUCAACAGUUGUCAAGGGAAAGUGAGUAUGCUGCAUGGACUCUUGUUAAUUAUACAGUGAAUCAUGUCACUAUAUCUGUUCAUCGGCUGAAGUCACACAUUGGGAGCAUGGAAAGUCUUACUCGAUUUAUUCAUGAUCAAGGGUAUAUAUUAAACUCUGAAGGAGGGACCUUGAAAAAUGAAAGAUCAAGGAGUUCCAUAGACGAGAUGGUUUUGAGUUGGGCAGUGCCGAUGGAAUCAUGGAGAGCACUUCGAUGGGUCAAGUUUCAAGGAGGACUGCAUAACUCAACCUGCCAACAUCUGCGUUGUAGCUCAUAUAUCCUAACAAGUAUAUGUAUAGGUCUUCCUGAAUACUAGAGUGAAAAAUGGCAGCAUAUACUGUGGGUCGCAUGGAUUAUGUAAUUAAAUAAACCGAAAAAAGUGUAUUCCAUCAUAAAACCUGUAUUAUCCUAUCCUGUUUGACGCUCAA